CGGCCUGUUGAUCGCGGCGGCGGCGGCGGCGGCGGCGACGGCGCACGAUAACGCGACUCGCACAUCAUUAUUAUUAUUAUUACAAUUCCAACGACGACUGCCGUCGACCGUCGACUCGAGUCGAUCCCAAUCCGACGCGUAACGCAGACCGCAUGCUGUCCGCGCUCCCGCCCCACUCCUCCGUCGCAUCGCGCACAGCUUCAUCCGCCGCCGACAUUCGUUCGGUAUCGAUUUUCCGUCCGAUACUCCGCGUCGGCGAAUAGCGAUAGAUUUCGGCGCGGCCGCACAGCCCACCGAGCACACCGACCGACCGACCGUCCGCCAGAGCCGUCACUCGUCACACGCCGCCCGACACGCGCUCACGCACGCCGUCACUGCCGCCGCCGUAAAUUCCAGCCGCAACCACGUUUCGCCGCCACAUGGAGGACCACAUCGGCGGGUCGUCGUCGUCCAGCGACGACGAUUCGGCGCCCGCCGUCAUCAUGCCGCCGCCGCCUCACCGGCACAUCAUCAACGAGGACGAGAUCAUCGACCUGGACGCGAUCGACAACCAUCACCGCCGCCGCCGCCGCAACAAUCACCACCGCCGUCAGAUGCGCUACGCCUCCGGCCACCCGGCCAUCAUCGACGCGAUACGCGGCACCGGCGGCUUCAUCGACCUGGUGGACCACUCGUCGUCGGCCAUCUCCAUCGACCGCGCCGCCGAGGAGGACGCGGCCGCGGCCGCGGCCGUCGCGUCCGGCAUCUGCGACCCGAACAGGGUGCGCAGCUACAAGGACAUGUUCAGGUACGCCACCGACCUGGCCGACGGGAUGCCGAUAAGCCUUCAUCAGGAUAUCGACGCGCUUACAUUUAGCGAUGAAAGAAAGAAAUUUCUGUCAAAUGUUUUGUCUACCAUGUCAGUUAAUGUACACGAGGAAAUGAACAAUUCUAUUAAUAUUUUGUUUGACAAUAACAAACAAGUGGAUGAACACGAAUUUGCGUUUGAUGUUAUCGCGGAAUAUGUUGACAAUAUUGAUUAUGCUAAUGAUUUUGAAAAGCUUGGUGGUUUCCAUAUCUUUUUACCGUGUAUUCGUUCUGAGCAUCCAACUGUGCGCGUUAAGACGUGUGAACUGAUCGCUAAGUUGGUUCAGCAUAAUUCAUACUGUCAAGAAAGGUUUAUGGAAAAUCCAAAUUAUCUGAAAGCAUUGAUUUCUAUGGUGGAAAACGAUCUUAACGAUGAAGUGCGUAUCAAAGCACUAGCUGCGAUUUCCAGCCUGAUCCGUGAAAACAGUAGUGUUUUUUGGCAAUUCAUUGACCUUGGAGGUAAAGAUUUGAUUAUCAAUUCAUUGAAAGCUCCCAUUGAAAAAUUGAAGAUUAAAGCAUCAUUCAUCAUUUGCUCAACUUCUCAUAUGGGUGACGAUGUAGUGGAAAUGUAUGUUAACAAUGGUGUUGUUGAAGCUAUAACUUCGAUAAUCAUGGGCAUGGAAAAAAAUGUUGAAUCAAGUCAUCAUGAGUUAUUUUUAUCGACAUUGAAUCAAUUGAUCCGUAUGUCACCAGUGAAAGUCAAAGAAAUAUGCACUUCGUUGGAGGAUUUCAAGCCAGCAUUGACAUCAUUACGCGAUUCAUAUACAAAAGAAUCAAAUUAUCAGGAUGAAAAGGAUCAAAUUUUGUGGUUGAUGGAAUCUCUAACAUUGUGAAGAGACUACAAGAAUUUACUUUAGCACACACAUUAUUUAACAAAAAUAUCAACAUAUAUAUUCAAAAGAAGUAUCAUAAAUAAUAAUUUUUAUUAUAAUAGUUCAAUGUUAAAAUUUAAAUUUUUCCCUCGUAAAUAAAUUAUAUUUGAAGGUCUAUUAAGUGUCUUUUAUUCAUCCUGAUAAAUGUUAACAUUAGGCUUAGUAUUAAAAACCCACUCAGUUAGUAUUUAAGUCAUAAGUAAUAAGGAAAUAUUGUUGUUAGAGUUUGGGUGUUAUUUCCCUAUUUUAAUUUCAAAACAAAAAAAAUCUUAUAAAUUGGUUCAUUCAUUUUUUGUGUCAGUUUUAUUUUUAUUCACGACUAAAAUAUUGUUGAGGAAAACGGUCAAUAAUUAAACAUACAAAUUCAGUAUAUAAUUUAAUAGAACCUAUUUUAAAUAAUUUAAAAAAAUAAUUCCUGUAAUAAGAAGAACUUUGCUUUAAAAUAGUUUGUUAACAAACAAAAAAUUCAUUCCCACCCAUAACGGUAUAAAAUAACAUUACCUAUCCUGUAUGGUUUUUUGUGGGAAUCUUUAUUUUUUAAAAUAUAUAUUUAACUUCUCAAAUUUGUAAUAUAUUACAUACAUGAUGAUUGUAAUUAUAUCUUUAAUGUAUUUUAUUUUUCAAAUAUGUAUUUCUAAUUCACCUUAUAUUUGAUUUCUCGAAUCAUGUUUGUGGCUGAAGCUCUUUGUUCCUAUUUUGUACUUAACAAAAUACAAAUAUAACAUCCAAGCUCUAAUUAUUUAUGUUAUAUUUAUGUGUAAUCUAUUGAUAUAGUCUGUAACAAAUUCCAUUUUUAAGUUUUGACAGUAAUUCUUAAGACAUUUUUUUUUAUUUUUGUUUGUGGGUCACUUUCCAUUGUCGUACAUUAUUACGAUAAAUUUAAUUUUAAAAAUGUACCUUGAUAAUAUUAUAUUUAAGAAUUCAAUAUUGCUCUUAUUGACCACCAGUUUGUAAGCUAAAGCACUGUUUUUAUUAUAAUUAAAAAUAAUUAAGCAUUUAAAUUAUAUUAAUAUAAAUAUAUUUAUAUUUAUAUAUAUUAUAUUUAAUAUGGGAUUAUAAUAUAAUAUUUAAUUAUUAUAAUCAUAUAAUUUCGUGGAAAUUAGCCAUUCUGAUAUAAUGUCAAAUUUUAUACUUU